ACCCGGCUCAUAAGCCACAUACCUGUCACUGUCUUCUCGCCGCCUCGUUGAGCCUUCCUGCUUCAUUCAAGUCAAACCUGUUUCUCCACUCUGACGUCACGAGCAGCACCUGAGAGAAUCCUGUUACCGGAAGUUACCGAACUUGUUGUCACCUGGGCGGACUCCUCAGGAGUAAAGUUAAGAAGGGAUGUCGUCGUGUGGCACGGAGAGGAGCAAACUGGUCAACAUGCGUGUCAGCUGGUUGGUUUCGGUGGCUUUGUUCUUGUUCGCAGCGACAGGUGCAAGAGGCGCGUCGGUCACCACCAAGAACCCAAAUGUGCGGGUGAAGGAGAAUGACGGGGCUGACCUUUCGUGCUCGUAUUCUGCCGACUUCGGCUCAAACGCCAGAGUUGAUUGGAAAUUUACGAACCUGAAGGGCUCACAGACGUUUGUGAUUCACACUAAUAAACCAACAACGCCAUACGCCAACCGAGUGACGAUGUACGAUAGUUCUCUGAGAUUCAACAAAGUGACCCAUGCCGAUAAUGGCGUGUACCUCUGUGAGGUGUCCAACGCCAACGGCCUGACUGGGGAAGUGCAAGUGAAGAUGACCGCUCUGGUGCCGCCAUCUCCGCCCAUGUGUAGAGUCCCCACCUCGGAGACGACGGGCCGGAAGGUCACGCUGACCUGCCACGACAAAGUCGGCUCCCCUCCGUCCAAAUACAGGUGGUUCAAAGACGACGUCCUGCUGCCCCCAGUGCCCAGCAAGACAACGGACUUCAAAAACGCAACCUACAAGCUAAACACAGAGAGUGGAAACCUGGUAUUUCCCAGGGCAACCAAGAAGGACUCCGGUAAUUACUUCUGUGAGGCUUUCAAUGACGCUGGGCCUCCUCAGCGCUCUAAAGCCUUGAAAAUGGAAAUCCGUGACGUGAACACUGGAGGAAUUGUUGCCGGGGUAAUCGUGGCUCUGCUACUCGUGAUCCUGCUGGUAUUAGCCAUUUGGUAUGCCCACAAGAAAGGAUAUCUGCCCAAGAAGAUUGAAAGGAAACCAAAACCCAGUGUGGUCUACCAGCAAGCAGGAUCAUCAUUGUAUGGUGGCGGUGAUGAUGAAGAUGGGGAAUUCAAACAGAAGUCAUCGUUCGUGGUAUAGUCUUCAUAAACCACAGGAGAUCACCUUGGAUUCAAAUGUCUCCCGGCAUGGUAGUUUAACAUCAACAUUUCUUGCUAAAUGUUCUAGUUUUUAUUGACGUGUUUCUUUUUAUUUGCUCCUAAGUUGUUUUUAUAGACCCGUGUGAUUGUUAAUCGGAACUGUCUACUUUAUUUUAUCUGACGCAAAAAGGUGCUAGGAUACAUUUACAACAGGCAGGUUAUGAGAUCUCUUUCAUUUGUUUAUAGGUUAUUUUAAUAGCAUGAGAUGUGGCUUCUGGAGACCCCCCUUUAGCCUCCGACAGGUUUCCAUCUACAUGUUUGCAGUGUGUGUUUCUGUGAGCUUCAGAUUUUCUGUACUGACUUUAUUUAAUUUUUGUAUUUUGUCCAAAAACGCAUCUGCAUGUAAACAUAUCAAAUGGAGUACAAAUGCUCCCAGUACGAGUAGUAUAUAGGAAAUCCAAGUCAAUUCUUAGAAGGAAAAUUGGCUCAUUAGUCAUCCAGGACAACUCUGUUAUCAGUGUGUGUUGUGUGUGUGUGUGUAUGUAAGCUGAACCAUUGAAGGAGCUUGUUUAUAAAAAAUGGAUCAUCAAUGAAGUGCUUCUCAAAAGUGUUUUUCUUUUUUAACAAACUACAAAAUUCUCUUCAUUUACAAUAUUUGUUAUUUCUAAUAAAGUUUUUUUUGUAAAUAAAAGACUGUUUAUACAUUUGUUAUUGAAUACUCUACUAUGCUGCAUUUUAGGUGAACAUUCUCUUUGCCAUGUUGAACUCGUAUUGUAUUUAUCUGGUUGUCUGGACAACCCCUUUAAACCUCUGACCCACAUCUGAGAGGCACAUUGGUGUUCAGCACAGCGAAGACUGAGCGAUCAGAAAAAGUCCUGUUGGAAUAAACUGAUGUGAUGCUGCACCGUUUCAUGAAUUGGAAAAGGGGAUGAGAGUUAAUGUGUAAAACAAGUUUUCAAAUGAUUACCAGCCUGUUCAUAAGCCGUCGUGUGUAGCCUUAUCGUUAUGAUUAAUUACCCACACUGUUGUGACAUGGUGGUCCUAAUAUUAAGUAAUUCUACCUCCCAGACACAAAAGUAAUUCAUUUGUUUCCCUCGACAGCUACAAAAUCUCAGACGGUGUAUUUAAGUGGUUUGAUAAGGUCAGACAUCACUCAUGGGUUAUUAUAAUCUUAUCAGGUACAAUAUUUACAAUUGGGGAACACUUUCUCAGGUUUUCUACAUCGCUUGACCUUACAGUUGUAUAAAAUAGAGAUGAUGCUUGUAAUUUUGCUUUAUUGUCUUGUAUUGGUUAAUAAAAUGAGUCUGCUGUCGUGACAGGAAAUAUUUCACUUUGCAUCAACACAGUUGAGCUAAAGUAUAAAAUGUGUAUCUUUGCCACUUCA